AUGGAAGUAAACCCUUUAAGUGUCAUUUUAGUCAAAAGUGACAGCAAAGGAGAUCGUUUAUUAUUCCGGUAUCCCUUUUCUAGUGAUAAAAAACCUGUCAAAAAUCAAAAACUGAAUAAAAAAAAUCCGUACGCCUUAAUUUUUAAUGAAGAUUUAUUGCAACCUUCAUCUCUUCUGACUAGUAAUGUGGUAAAAGGAAAUCUUACAGGUUUGACAGAUGAAUUGUUAAGUAAAUUGUUUGCUGUAAAACCAGAAUUAUAUGAAAGAAAAUUUGAACUAAAAAUAAAUGAUGUUCGAUUCGUGGGACAUCCAACACUAUUUCAUUCUGGCUUGGAUAGGAAUGAUAGAAGUAUUGGAAACAUUCAGUCUGUAAAUCAUUCUGAUAUACCAUCUGCUAUCCUUAUAAAUACAGUUUUUGCACUUCAUUCAUAUGCUAGUCACUCUAUUGUAAAGUGUUAUUAUGAUCUUAGUAAAAGAAUCGGAACAGCUUUAAAGCAUGAAGAAAAAAGAUGUUGUUAUGUUACAAAUCAAACAAAAGUAAUGAUAGCAGCUCAUGAUGAAAUUGCUCAAAGAAUUGCCGAUACUACGGAUGGAAAUUGCGAGUCUCCAUUUGAGUUAAUACUUUGUCGCAGUAGUUUGGCCAAAGAUCUCAAAAAAGUCUAUGAUAAUUUAAUCAGUACAGGUUUAGUACACAUACGUAUUAACAAAUGGAUUGAAGUUUCUUUUUGCUUACCUCAAAAAGUUCAUCAAAUUUCUCCUGUAAAAAGAGGUUUUCUUGUUGAACCAAAUGUGAUUGAUAAGUGCCUUGAAUCGAUUAGACCAUAUCAUGGAUUGCUUUUGCUUGUUGAUCCCAUUGAACUUUUUGAAUCAUCACCUCCUGAUUCAUCUCCUGCUUUACUUCGUUUAAUUCAGUUUUAUUCUCCUUUAAAAAGCUUACAAGCUUUAGCAGCUGAUGCCGAUAUUACCUUGAUGCAUGUUUUUCAACUAACUGGACAUAUGGUGUAUUGGGCUCAAGCUAUGGUUAUUUACCCCAUAUGUGAAAAUAAUAUAUAUGUGGUAGCUCCUGAAGCUCCAACCCAUGCUUCAUCUUCCCUUGUAGAAAGGUUUAAUGAAAAAUUUCCUGGUGAAAAUUUGUUGCAGUUAAUGAGUGAAUUUUCUCUUCCUACAUCAUUAAGUCAAAAAUUGACACCUUUGGUUCCCCAACUUCAACAGAGGCAAUUAAUUCAAAUGAUUGCUUGGAUGUUGCAGCACAGACUUUUAUUUCAAUUACAUACUUAUAUUCAUUUUAUGCCUGGUUCUAAUGGACAACCUACAAAAUUUAACACAAAAGGAAAUUUAGAAUUGGAAUCUAAAAAUCAAAAAUCUAAGCUAAAUACUUCUUACAAUAACUUUUCUUUAAAUCAUGAAGAAGAGAAAUCUAGUAUUGUAAAAAAAUUAUUAAUUGAAUAUUUUAAUCAAGAAGAAAGAGACGCCAUUUGCAGUGUACCAGCUUCCUCUAAUUCGGAUGAUUUGUAUUUAUUAAUAUCCAUGUUUGCUAAAGGAUAUUUAAGUGGUAAACACCACAUAGAAGAAAUCAUGUAUUCAAUGAAUAUAAAAAGAUGUCACUUACUUCAGAUAUUUGACAAAUUUAAAGAUAUUUUAGUAACUUGUGAAAUGGAAGAUCCAGCUAUUAGUAUUUUUUACUCUCGACAUUUGUGCUAA